AUGUUUUCCCUGGCAGGUUUCCUUGAGCAGGGCUUACUCGUCAGAAACUCCAAGAAGUUAGGCAAUAAGUAUGUUGCCACCUUACAGUUCAAGCUUGACAUCCUUUCUGUUUUGCCCACUGAUUUUGCAUACUUUGCCACGGGCUUAAACCGGCCUGAGGACCGCUUCAAUAGGCUGCUACGCUUCUCUCGCAUGUUUGAGUUCUUCAAUUGAACUGAGACGAGGACCAGCUGCCCAAACAUCUUUAGGAUCUGCAACCUAGUGUUGUACAUCUUGGUCAUCAUCCACUGGAAUGCCUGCAUUUAUUAUGCCAUUUCCAAGUCCAUUGGCUUUGGAGUGGACACCUGGGUUUAUCCAAAUAUAUCCGAUCCAGAGUAUGGCUAUCUGACGAGGGAGUACAUCUAUUGUCUCUAUUGGUCUACCCUGACCUUGACAACCAUUGGAGAGACUCCUCCCCCUGUGCAGGAUGAAGAGUUUCUCUUUGUCAUCUUUGACUUCCUGAUUGGUGUUCUCAUCUUUGCUACAAUAGUAAAUAGUGUGGGCUCCAUGAUCUCCAACAUGAAUGCCACCAGAGCCGAGUUCCAGGCCAAGAUUGAUGCUGUCAAGCACUACAUGCAAUUCCACAAAGUGAGCAAGGACAUGGAGGCCAAGGUCAUCUGGUGGUUUGACUAUCUCUGGAUCAAUAAGAAAACUGUUGAUGAAUGGGAAGUGCUCAAGUUGCGAGCCGAGAUAGCCAUCAAUGUCCACCUAGAGACUCUGAAGAAAGUGAGGAUAUUCCAGGACUGUGAGGCUGGCCUCUAGGUAGAACUCGUGCUCAAGCUCCUCCCUCAGGUUUUCAGCCUGGUUUUCAGCCCAGGCGAUUAUAUUUGUCAAAAAGGGGACAUAGGAAAGGAGAUGUAUAUCAUUACAGAAGGGAAGCUGGCUGUGGUGGCUGAUGAUGACGCCCAAUAA